GGGGACUGUCUCUGGGACAAGUUCCAUAGUGGAGGGGGGAAGCAAUGUGGUCCCUUCUUUCCACGCUGACCGUCUUAUGUAUCCAGAUGUUGCUGGUGAUGUGCAAUCCAAUGCAGCAGGUACUUGGUGUGGAUGGGGUCAACUUCAGCGUGCAUGUGGAGAACCAAACGCAGGUGCGAGACACCAUGAGUCGGCGACACCAUCGGGUCUACCAGCUCUACAGCCGCACCAGCGGCAAACAUGUCCAGGUGCUGGGACGCAGAAUCAGCGCUCGAGGAGAAGAUGGAGACAAAUUUGCCCAGCUCGUAGUGGAGGCUGAUACCUUUGGUAGCCAGGUGAGAAUCCGGGGCAAAGAAACCAAUUUCUACCUGUGCAUGAACCGCCGUGGAAAGCUGGUAGGAAAGAAGGCCAGUAAUCGAAGCGAAGACUGCGUCUUUGUGGAAAAGGUUCUGGAAAACCACUACACAGCUCUGAUGUCAGCGCGCUACACAGGCUGGUAUGUGGGCUUCACUAAAAGAGGCCGUCCACGCCGAGGCCCCCACACACUCCCGAACCAGCAGGACGUACACUUCAUGAAGCGCUUCCCGCCUGGUGAGCAGCCCGACCUCACCACCCCCUUUCGCUUCACCACCGUCAGCAAGCGGGGCAAGCGGGUGCGCGCUACCGGGCCCCGCUAGUAGUAGCUAACACGAGCACCCACUGUCUUUUCAUCCAAAGCCUUGACCUGAGCCUGCCAAUAGCUAAACCAGUCAUCUCAUCUGUCACACACGUCUGAACACCUCACUUUGUUGGGACAAACAUUGACCACAAACUUGAUGAAUCAUUCAUGGGGUUAAGCUUUACACCUACUAAUUUGCCACUACAGCCCACUAGUUAGUGAUCAUUCCUCUUAUUUUUUUGUUUCUUAACUGGGGCAACUGGACCAUUACUGGUCAUCAUUGCAAGCUUUAUGGACCUGGUCUGCUUCCCUUCAUAGGCCAGAAAUACUGACAGAGAAGCUGAAGGGCAGCCAGAGUCCCAGGCUCUACGAAGGCCUUUAUUCCAAUACCACAAAAACCACAAGGCCUUCGUGUCUCCUGAUCUGGACCAGCUGGACAAUGUCAAGUAUGGGAUUACAAGUGGACCAUACAGAGAUAGAACACGGGGUGGAAAAGACUGACUGAACAAGAGAGUGGGUGCUUAGCCUUCGGAUAAAGGGAAAACAGGAAGGACAGGACAGGAAAACGGCAGAGUGGACAAAGGGAUAGAGUGAUCUGCACAGAUCAAAUGGACCAAUAAUGGACUGUUGACAUGUGACACACUUAUUUGUUUCACUGCUAAAUUGGUGUGAACCUGUGAGACUGCUGACAAGAGGAUGAAUGAGGGAAUGAUCGAGUGAGUGACUUUCUGAAUAAACGCAUGUUUGUGAGAUCGAGAAGACAAGGAAAUGCGUGUAAGAGAGUGUGUGUUUGUUUCUGUGUGUACGUGAGUCAGUGAGUGCACCAACAACCAUGAGUGAAGCUGGAUCAAGAGGGACUCUGGAAAGGGACCAUCCAGUCCCUGCAUGAACCCGUGACAACUCACCACAGGGACUGAAGCUUUAGGAACUGGAAUGUAUAAAAACCAAGCUGCACCAAAACCAGCUAGCCAAUCACAGCAAACCAAACCAACAACCGACCAAAGACAACUGGAGAUCUUCUUCAUGAUUCCUCCCCCCACUCCCCCAGGGACACUACACCCUCAGCUUAUAGGUGCAGAGGAUGACAAGUGCAGGGGCGAGCUUGGCGGGCAGGGUGCCUUGUCUAUUAGCAUUGCUAUAGAAACGACCCAGGGGAUGAUGCUCCUGUGCGAUACCGUGGAUACAGAAUGCUGCUACCAGGACAUUCAGUGGAACAAACCAAAGUCUCAUGCAUACACACAGGAGAAAAAAUAUAUU